AUGAACAAAUACUUAUCAAUAACUGGAGCCGUCUUAGUGGGAUCAAUGGUCGGCACAUCAGAUGCUAAUACUCUUUAACAAAACAUUCAAGAAUUGGCACUUGAUAGGACAAAUCUUAUAUAUCUAUAAGCCUUACAAAGGUUUAAUGCUCAAGAAAGAAGUAAAAUCUAUGGCUCAGGGCCAAAAGUUGAAAGAGGAUUCAGUCUUCACAAUAUCGGACAUGCCACUGGUAUUGCUGGUGAUCUUGUUGGAAUUGGUGCUAAUAUCUACGGUGCUGUCCACUAACCACAUGUUGAGAGAGGAAUCAGUCUUCACAAUCUCAAUCAUGCUACCGGUAUUGCCAGCGAUCUCGUUGGAAUUGGUGCAAACAUUUAUGGAGCCGUUCAUAACGUUUAAGCAAUGGCUGAUGAUGAAGAAGACGAUGAAAUCGAAGUUCAAAGAUACUUAGGAGGACCACAAGUUGAACAAUAUUUUGAGGGACCAGUUUAUGUAAGACCAUCAAGAUAUUAAACUGUUGUGUACCCAUAUGAUGAUUGA